CUCUUGCUUCAUUCUCAACCCCUUCAAGAAGCAACAUGGCCACCAUCUGGAUCCUGUCCUGCCUGGCCCUCCUUGGCAUUGCCUGGGGUUGUGGUGUUCCUGCCAUCCAACCUGUCCUCAGUGGCUAUUCACGGAUUGUCAACGGAGAGGAGGCAGUCCCCGGAUCAUGGCCCUGGCAGGUUUCUCUACAGGACAGCACCGGCUUCCACUUCUGUGGUGGUUCUCUGAUCAGGGAGAACUGGGUGAUCACCGCUGCCCACUGCAAUGUCAGGAAAACUCAUCGCGUGGUGUUGGGUGAAUUUGACCAAGGCUCUCCUUCGGAAGAAAUUCAAGUCCUAAAGAUUGCCGAGGUCUUCAAGAAUCCCAAGUUUAACAUCUUCACCAUCAAAAAUGACAUCAUGUUGCUAAAGCUUGCCACCCCGGCCAGGAUAACUGCCCGCGUGUCUCCUGUGUGUCUGCCCGAAGCCAAUGAUAACUUCCCUGGGGGCCUGUCUUGCGUCACCACCGGAUGGGGCCUUACCCACCACAAUGACAAGAACACCCCAGAGAAGCUACAGCAGGUGGCCCUUCCUCUGCUGACCAACGAAGAGUGCAAGAAAUACUGGGGCAACCGCAUCGCUGAUGUCAUGGUCUGUGCAGGUGCUGCGGGAGCCUCCUCUUGCAUGGGAGACUCUGGUGGACCCUUGGUGUGCCAGAAGAACGGCGCCUGGACCUUGGCGGGGAUCGUUUCCUGGGGCAGCAGUUCCUGUGCAACAUCUAGCCCUGGGGUCUACGCCCGUGUCACAGAGCUUCGGUCCUGGAUUGAUGAGAUCCUUGCAAACAAUUAA